UGCCGCGGCACAGAAACCCCUUCACGGCCAGACAAAGGUUUCUCAACUGGAUGCCAUUGGACGCAUAAUGGCGUUGAAGUCCCAGUAUAGCCUGAGUCGAGACGCCUUCGAUGGUAUGUUGACAGUUAUUGGCAGCCUGCUUCCGGAGGGUCACCUUCUGCCAAAGAGCAUGCACGAGUCACAGAAACUCCUUCGUGCACUUAAGAUGCCGUAUGAGCAGAUACAUGCUUGCCCGAAGGGGUGCGUCCUAUUUAGGAAAGAAUACGUGGAAGCAAAGUACUGUCCAAAGUGUAAAUCAUCUAGGUUCCUGGAGGUAGAUUCUGGUGAUGGCCAGAAGAGGCAGCUUGACAUUCCCGUGACAAUCCUACGGCACCUUCCGUUCAUACCGAGGAUCCAACGGCUAUACAUGACCGAGGAAUCCGCGAAACAGAUGACAUGGCACAAAAAUGGCAAACGAUACAAUCCUGACAGGAUGGUACAUGCAUCCGAUGGUGAAGCAUGGACCCACUUCGAUGGCAUUCAUCAUGAGAAAGCUAAAGAGGCUCGUAAUGUACGUGUUGCGCUGGCAACAGAUGGGUUCAAUCCUUAUGGAAUGAUGGCUGCCCCAUACACAUGUUGGCCCGUGUUCGUUAUCCCCCUCAAUCUCCCCCCCGGCAUAUGCUUUCAACGACAGAACGUAUUCUUGUCGUUGAUAAUUCCUGGACACCCGGGGAAUAAUAUGGGUGUGUUCAUGGAGCCUGUGAUUGAUGAAUUGGUCCGUGCUUGGGAGGAAGGGGUAUGGACAUACGACCGAGCUACAAAGAAAAACUUCAAAAUGCAUGUUUGGUACCACUACUCCCUGCAUGACUUCCUGGCGUAUGGGAUAUUCUGCGCCUGGUGUGUUCACGGGAAGUUCCCAUGCCCAGUAUGCAAGGAAGGUCUGAGGUUCAUUUGGUUGCAGAAGGGUGGCAAGUAUUCAUCGUUCGACAAACAUCGGCAAUUCCUCCCUCUUGACCAUGCAUUCAGACGAGACAUCAAGAACUUUACGAAAGGUGUCGUAGUGACAGACCCUGCACCACCGAUAAUGACUGGUGCCACGGUUCGUGAACAGAUAGAUGGUCUCGUGGUCAAUCCAGAAGGUGGUUUUGUGGGAUAUGGUGAGCAACAUAUGUGGACUCAUAAGUCGGGCUUGACUCGGCUCCCCUAUUUUGAUGACCUUCUCCUUCCACACAACAUUGAUGUAAUGCACACUGAAAAGAAUGUUGCCGAGGCACUUUGGGCAACAAUCAUGGACAUUCCUGACAAGUCAAAGGACAACGUUAAGGCUAGAGUGGAUCUGGCAACGAUAUGCGAUAGACCAAACCAACAUAUGAAGCCUCCUAGUCGCGGCAAGACAUGGAGAAGGCCUAAGGCCGAUUUUGUCUUGAGCAAGCCUCAAAGGAGGGAAGUACUAGAAUGGAUCCAGACGUUAAUGUUCCCUGAUGGGUAUGCAGCUAAUCUGAGGAGGGGAGUGAACUUAUCUACUAUGCGAGUCUUAGGGAUGAAGAGUCAUGACUACCACAUAUGGAUUGAGCGGCUUCUUCCGGCGAUGGUUCGGGGCUAUGUCCCUGAGCAUGUCUGGCUAGUGCUAGCAGAGUUGAGCUAUUUCUUUCGCCAGCUUUGUGCCAAGGAGUUAUCUCGGACCGUGAUUGCUGACUUGGAAAAAAUGGCACCUGUGUUGCUCUGUAAGUUGGAGAAGAUCUUUCCACCCGGCUUCUUCAAUCCGAUGCAGCAUUUGAUUUUGCACCUCCCGUACGAGGCACGAAUGGGGGGGCCCGUGCAGGGCCGUUGGUGCUAUCCAAUCGAGAGAUGUCUAAAGGUUCUUCGAAAGAAAUGUAGAAAUAAAUGCAAAAUCGAGGCUUCCAUUGCAGAGGCAUACAUUCUGGAGGAGGUGGCGAACUUCACAACAACAUACUAUGGUGACAACCUCCCUAGCGUGCAUAAUCCACCCCCUCGUUACAAUGCUGGCGAAAAUGAAUCGAACCUCAGCCUUUUCCGAGGGCAACUCGGAAGCGCAAGUGCAUCAACCCCCAAGACCUUGAAUCAUGAAGAGUGGCGCCAUAUCAUGCUAUACGUGUUGACCAACCUUGACGAAGUGGCGCCGUACAUGCAGGAAUUUCUUCAUGAAUUCUGGCGUAAAUCAAGGGAUCCUACCCCGCAGCAGGUAGAUACCCUUCUUAGACAGGGUGCGGGUAAUGGAAUGCCCGAUUUCAUUUCUUGGUUCAAACGGAAGGUACCGUCCAAUUUAGCUCGUACUUAG